CGCGGGUGGGCACGAUGCCGCAGAGCGCGCGCAGGGAGCGCGCGCCGGGCCGCCCCUGGAUGUGGGCUCUCGCGUGCGGAUUGCUCGUGGCCGUCGCCGUGGACGGAUGUCCGCACAAGUGCAGCUGCUCGGGGUCGCACGUGGACUGCCAGGGUCAGGGCUUCAGGAGUGUCCCCAAGGGCAUCCCGAGGAACGCAGAGCGCCUGGACCUGGACAGGAACAACAUCACCCGCAUCACUAAAGUGGACUUCUCCGGAAUCAAAAACCUGCGCGUCCUGCAUCUGGAGGACAACCAGAUCAGCGUGAUCGAGAGAGGAGCGUUUCAGGAUCUGAAGCAGCUGGAGAGGCUCCGCCUGAACCGGAAUAAGCUGCAAGUCCUGCCGGAGCUGCUCUUCCAGACCACACCCAAGCUGGGACGCCUGGACCUGAGCGAGAACCAGAUCGAAGCGAUUCCACGCAAGGCCUUCCGAGGAAUCACCAACGUGAAGAACUUGCAACUGGACAGCAACCACAUCAGCUGCAUCGAGGAUGGCGCCUUCCGUGCGCUCCGCGAUCUCGAGAUCCUCACCCUCAACAACAACAACAUCACGCUCAUCCCGCUGUCGAGCUUCAACCACAUGCCCAAGCUGCGCACGCUGCGCCUGCACUCCAACAACCUGCACUGCGACUGCAACCUGGCCUGGCUCUCAGACUGGCUGCGGCAGAGACGCGGCCUCGCACCCUUCACACAGUGCAUGACCCCCGCCAACAUGAGGGGCCUCAACGUGCCGGACGUCCAGAAGAAGGACUUUGUCUGCACAGGUCCAGUGCAGACGGAGCCUCGUACCUGUGUCCCGCAGGCCUCGGUGUGCCCGGCCGCCUGCACCUGCAACAACAACAUCAUCGACUGCCGCAGAAAAGGCCUCACCGAGAUCCCGGCCAACCUUCCGGAGGGCAUCGUGGAAAUUCGGCUGGAACAGAAUCUGAUCAAGAGCAUCCCCGCUGGCGCGUUCUCCCCGUACAAGAAGCUGAAGAGAAUAGACCUGAGCAAGAACCAGAUCUCGGAAAUGGCGGCCGAUGCCUUCAGUGGCCUCCGCUCGCUCACCUCGCUGGUGCUCUACGGCAACAAGAUCGCCGAGAUCCCCAAGGGCCUGUUCGAUGGACUGGUGUCCCUCCAGCUGCUGCUGCUGAACGCCAACAAGAUCAACUGCCUGCGCGUGAACACCUUCCAGGACCUGCAGAACCUCAACCUGCUCUCACUGUAUGACAACAAGCUGCAGACCAUCAGCAAGGGCCUCUUCGCCCCGCUGCGCUCCAUCAAGACGCUACACUUGGCCCAGAACCCGUUCGUGUGCGACUGCCACCUCAAGUGGCUGGCCGACUACCUGUUCGACAACCCCAUUGAGACCAGCGGGGCUCGCUGCUCGCACCCGCGCCGGCUCGCCAACAAGCGCAUCAGCCAGGUGAAGAGCAAGAAGUUCCGCUGCACAGGUACGGAGGACUACCGGAGCCGGCUGAGCGGCGACUGCUUCCAGGACCUGGUGUGUCCUGAGCGAUGCCGCUGCGAGGGGACCGUGGUGGACUGUUCCAACCUGAAGCUCACACAAGUCCCACCCCACCUGCCGGAGCACACGACCGACCUGCGCCUCAACGACAAUGAAAUCGCCGUCCUGGAUGCCACGGGGACCUUUAAGAAGCUCCCGAACCUGCGGAAAAUCAACCUGAGCAACAACAAGCUGCGGGACAUCAGGGAGGGGGCCUUCGAUGGGGCGGCCGGCGUCCUGGAGCUGCUGCUCACCGGAAACAAGCUGCAGAACCUUCACGGACGGAUGUUCAAGGGUCUGACGGGGCUGAAGACACUGAUGCUGAGGAGCAACCAGAUCAGCUGUGUGGACAACACCACCUUCACUGGGCUGAGCUCUGUGCGUCUGCUGUCCCUCUACGACAACCGCAUCACCACGGUGGCCCCAGGGGCCUUCGCCACGCUGCACUCGCUCUCCACCAUAAACCUCCUGUCGAACCCGUACGUGUGUGACUGCCACCUGGCCUGGCUGGGCGUCUGGCUCAAGAAGACGAGGGUGGUGAGCGGGAAUCCGCGCUGCCAGAAGCCUGCCUUCCUGAAGGAGAUCCCCAUCCAGGAUGUGGCCACGCCCGACUUUACCUGUGACGGCUCGGAGGAGAGCAGCUGCCUGCCGGCGCCGCGCUGCCCGGAAUCCUGCACGUGUUCCGACACCGUGGUUCGCUGCAGCAACCGAGGUCUGCGCUCACUCCCCAAGGGCAUCCCUAAGGACACCACGGAGCUGUACCUGGAAGGGAACCAGCUGACCUCAGUGCCGAAGGAGCUCUCGGCCCUCCGACACCUCACCCUCGUAGACCUGAGCAACAACAGCAUUGGCUCGCUCGCCCCGCUCACCUUCAGCAACAUGACGCAGCUGUCCACACUCAUCUUGAGCUACAACAAGAUCCGCUGCAUCCCGGUGCACGCCUUCGACGGACUGCGCUCCCUGCGGCUGCUGACUCUCCAUGGCAACGACCUCUCAACCAUCCCCGAGGGGGCUUUCGGCCACCUGACAUCUCUGUCCCACCUGGCCCUCGGCGCCAACCCGCUGUACUGCAACUGCGACCUGCGCUGGCUCUCGCAGUGGGUGAAGGCGGGCUUCAAGGAGCCUGGCAUCGCUCGUUGCGCGGGCCCCCCCGACAUGGCCGACCGCCUGCUGCUCACCACACCCCUCAACCGUUUCCAAUGCAAAGGCCCUGUGGAUUUGAAUCUGAUGUCCAAGUGCGCCCCCUGUCUCUCCACGCCCUGCCAGAACAACGGCACCUGUGUAGGCGAUGCCACAGGCUCCUACCACUGCACCUGCCCCUUUGGCUACAAGGGCCGGAACUGCGAGAUCGCCAUCAACGCCUGCAUCAGCUUCCCGUGCGCCAACGGCGGCACCUGUCACGUGAGCCCAGGCCAGGAGGACCAGUUCAGCUGUACAUGCCCAGCCGGGUUCGAGGGUCAGCGCUGCGAGGUGAACCCUGACGACUGCGAGGACAACGACUGCGAGAACAACUCCACCUGCGUAGACGGCAUCAACAACUACACCUGCCUCUGCCUGCCCAACUACACGGGGGACCUGUGUGACGAGGUGAUCGAUCACUGUGCGCCGGGAUUCGACCCCUGUCAGAACGACGGCAAGUGUGUCCCCCUCCCCAGAGGGUACAGAUGUGAGUGUCCACCAGGCUACGUGGGGCAGAACUGCGAGCAGGACUACAACGACUGCCUGGAGAACAAGUGCCAGCAUGGAGCGCAGUGUGUGGACGCCAUCAACGGCUACACCUGCGUCUGCAAGGAGGGCUUCAGCGGCCUUUUCUGCGAGGUCCCUCCUCCCAUGAUCCUCCUGCAGACGAGCCCAUGUGACCAGUUCGAGUGCCACAACGGGGCGCUGUGCCUGGUGGUGGCCGGGGAGCCCAUGUGUCGCUGCCCGCCCGGCUUCUUCGGCGACAGGUGCCACAAAACGGCGGCCGUCCACUUCCUGGGAAAGGAGUCGUACGUGGAGCUUCCCAGCGCCCGGCUCCGGCCCACUGCACACGUCUCCCUGCAGGUCGCCACGGACAAAGACAACGGUGUCCUGUUAUACAAGGAGGACAAUGAUCCGCUGGCGCUGGAGCUGUACCAGGGACACAUCCGCCUCAUGUACGACAUGGCCAGCUACCCGCCCACCACGGUGUACAGCGUGGAGUCUGUGAACGAUGGCCUCUUCCACACGGUGGAGCUCUUCAUUCAGAAUCACACCUUGGUCCUGGUGGUGGACAAGGGUGCCCCCAAGAGUCUGGGCAAGUUGUCACGCCAGCCCUCUGUGGACCACAACGCACAGCUCUACAUAGGGGGGGUGCCCUCAGCGCUGGGGCUUUCAGGCCUUCGCCAGGGGAGUUCCCAGGCCUUCAGCGGUUGUCUCUACAACGUGAAGGUCAACGGCGAGCUGCAGGACCUGGGUGCAGUCGGCCCCGGGGCCAACGGGGUGCUGCGUGGCUGUCACUCCUGCAGUGUGUGCGCACAGGGGGUGUGCCGCCAGCGCGGUGACACCGGGGUGACUUGCGAGUGCCCCCCCGGCCGCAGCGGGCCCCUGUGUGACCAGAAAAUCCCACCUAGUCCAUGUCAGGGCAGCAGGUGUGUGCACGGUGUGUGUGUGCCCAAGGGCUCCACCUACAGUUGCCAGUGCUCCGGGGGCUACUCCGGCCAGAACUGUGAGCGCAGGGAGGAGCCUCCGGCCUGCAGGGGGCACCCCUGCGGACAUGGCGAGUGCCAGCUCACCGACAGCGGAGAGCCUACGUGUCGCUGCCGGCCCGGAUAUACUGGCACGACUUGCGACACAGCGCUUACCUGCCAGGGUGAAGUUGUGCGGGAGCUUCUGAAGCGGCACCAGGGACACAAGACGUGUACAUCCACCAGCAAGGUGCCCCGGGUGGAGUGCUCCCGCGCCUGUCCUGGGGGGCUCUGCUGUGCCCCCAUUAAGAGCCGCCGGCGGAAGGUGGUGUUCAGAUGCCCCGACGGGUCCACAUUCUCCGAGGAGCUGGAGGCCCCCGUUGAGUGCGGCUGCACAAAGUGCCCGUUGUAAAACCUCCGGCGGGAACGAAUGGGACUGGGGAUGGGGAGCAAAAAGAAAUAUAUUGUAAAAUAAAACAAAUAGAACUUAUUUUUAUUAUGGGAUUUUUUUAAGAGACUUAAUUGUUUUUUUUAAUAUGUGGGUAUUUGUGUCAUGUGAGGUUUUAAUAUGUACCGUAAAUGAAUAAACCAACAAAACAGA